ACAGCUGGAGGAGAAGGUGGGCGAGAGCCGGGAGGAGGCGGUGCGUCAGCAGCGCGAGCUGGAGCUGGAGCGGGACCUGGCGGCCGGCGAGAGCGAGCGUCUGUUCACCACCAACCAGCAGCUCAGCACCCAGCUGACUCAGCAGGAGCGUGUUAUGGUCGACAUGACCAAGCGGUACCUGGCUGCCACCACGCCGGCCCGUGCGGCUCUCGAGAAGCGCUCGGCGCCGCCCGACCUCAACGACACGUGCGGUUUUGAAGAGGCUGAGCGUCAGCUGCUGGAGGAGCAGCGGCAGCAGGUGGCGCAGGAGCGGGAGGAUACCGCCGCCGCUGCCGCUUGUGUCGCCACGGAGGAGGCCGCCGCUGCCGCCGGUGCCGCUGGGGAAGAGGUCCUCGGUGCCGCCGUGGAGGAGGUCGCCGGCGCCGCCGCGGAGGAGGCCGCCGCUGCCGCUGCGGAAGAGGUCCUCGGUGCCGCCGCGGAGGAGGUCGCUGCGCCCGGCACCGAGGCGGAAUCGCCGACCUCCCAGCUGGCCGCGCUGCAGGCAGCGAACGCCCGACUGACGGCGGAGCUGCAGUCGGCCGGCGAGCGGCUGACGGCCGAGACGACCCGGGCGUCGGAGGAGCGCGACCAUCUGGCUGCCGAGCUUCGGACGGCCGCCGAGCGCCUGACCGCCGAGACGGCCGGCCAGGCCGAGCUGCGGACAGCGAGCGAGCGAGUCGCGGCCCAGCUUCAGGCGGCAGACGAACAGCUGGCGGCCAAGACGGCUGAGUCGGUCGAGCUGCAGGCGGCCAACGAGCGGCUGACGGCUGAGCUGCGCUCGCUCACUGAGCGUCUCGCCGCCCAGACGGCUGAGGUCGCUGAGCUGCAGGCGGCCAGCGAGCGGCUGGUCACGGCAGAGGCCCACUCAGCCCAGGCGCAGCGCGAGCUGGAGCACCUGCAGCGCGAGUACAAGCGCGCGCUGCACGACAAGAAGGAGGCGGAGGCGGACGCAGCCGUCUGCGAGCGGGAGAUGAAGCAGAUGCGCGCGCAGCUGCAGCAGGGCCACCAGAGCGACGUCCAGCUGGUGGAGGUGCUGCAGGCGCGCGUGGCAGCGCUCACGCGCGAGGACGAGGCGUUCGGCAUCCUGAAGGCCGAACUGGAGGCUAAGAAGGAGGAGCUCAGACAAUGCAAUGUGACCGACCUCCGAGCCAGCUAG